AUGCCACCCCCCCCGAGCCCCCUGCAGCAGGGGUUGGGGGCUCUCGCCCCAGCUCUGAAUUUGCAGCGAGGCCCGGAAAUCGGUCCCGUUACAGCCGAUUUCACCCAUCAGGAAUGCGCUCCACCCCCACUGCCUCCCGCGGCGGCCGCCCUCGGUGUCGGCAGCUUCAGCGGCCCGGGAAGUGCUGCAGGGGAGCGCCGCCUCGGCCCGUCACAACACUGCUGGGUUAGCCGCCGACUCCACAGACUGUGCGGGCCGGGAGGGCAGAGCUCGGGGCGGAUCCCACGCUCCGCCUCAGCCUGCGCGGCCCAGGGGGCGCCAGCGCCGGGUCCGGGCGGGGGACGCGGGGCGCGAGGACAGCGGCCGUGCCGGAGCGCCUCGAGUCGGAAACGGGAGCCGCCCCUGUCCUCCCGCACCCAGGCGCAACCUCUUCCAGUGCCGCCCGUACCUUCAACUCCUCAGAGCGGCGGCGGGUGCCGGAGUGCGGCUGAAGAGGCCCAUCUCGCGGCGGCGGCGGCGGCAGAAGCCGAAGGAAGUACCGAGGAGGGCUCCUCAGACCCGCCGAGACGCCUCUCAGCUGGGGCGGGGGGAACGCAGAGGAGGGGUCCCGACGGACGCUUUCCCGAACUCCUCCUCCGCAGUUCUGUCUUGACGGCUGUUCCCGGGAACCAGCGCCCCAACUGCCAUUCUCCCCCUGCUUCAGCCCCCGCUGUCUCCGCCUCCUCCUCCUACUCCUUCCUCCCGCCCCCGGCCACCCCGCCCCGCCCCGGCGCGCCGCCCGCGUGCCGUGCGUCAUGGCGUCACGCCCACCGGUUCGCUCGCGCACGUUCGGCCCGGCCCGUCGUGGCGCGACCUGGCCCGUCGUGGCGCGUCCCGCCUGCGACCUGGUGGCUUAGAGGGCAGCGUCCCGUUCGUCCCUUACGCGGGCAGGUUGGCGGCCCCAGGGGGAGCAAGGCCGGGAUGUUGCUGCGAGUUUCUGCUCCUUUCCGCGUGGAAACGUCUUCCCCGAGAGUGGCGGCGCUCCCACCUCUUCGUUCUUAAAAUUUGAAGAGACCUCAUUCUUCCGCAGGGGCUGCUAGCCCUAGCACUUAGCCACGAUUUAAUACCCUAUGUGAGGGUGCAGAGACUAUCUACCACUCGUCUCUUCCUCUCCCCCACAUCUCUUAAUUUCACAAAGUCGCUUAAGUAUCCAGAAUUUAUACUUCAAUACUUACGGAUACAUUCUGAGUUACAUUAAUCCAGCUUUAUCUGUUCCAUCCCCUCUUAUCCUUUAAGCCAGUCAUACAUCUUUGAAUUUUUCAACCUUCGUAUGGUUUAGUAUCAGUUCUUUUUAGUUGAAUAAACAUUCAGUACA